AUGCAAUUGUAUAUGAUACAUAACUGCGCCAGAACUGCGUGGAUCACAUAUUUUUUUUGCACAUUCACACUAUCGCAACAAUUUAAACAUAAUAGAUACAACAAACACCACUCUCUCCUCCACUUUUAUUCUAAUUAUAAUAGAUUAGCUGCUGAUUCAUUCGGUAAUAGCUAUGGAUCGGAAGAUAUACUUGUUCUACAAGGUUUAGAUGCAGUUAGGAAGCGGCCUGGCAUGUAUAUAGGGGAUACUGGUACCUAUGGAUUACAUCACCUACUGUUCGAAGUCAUAGACAAUUCAAUUGACGAACAUAUGGCUGGAGCUUGUACUAAGAUUAACAUAACAUUAUUUCCCAAUGGAUCUAUUGAGGUUGAGGAUAAUGGAAGAGGGAUUCCAGUUGACAUAUGCUCUCAAACUAAUAAGUCUGCCUUGGAAACGGUACUAACAAUGUUACAUUCCGGUGGCAAAUUUGUUGAUUCGGAUAACAUUUCCAGCCCUUACAAAUUCUCAUCUGGCCUACAUGGCGUUGGUUUGUCUGUUGUAAAUGCUCUAUGUGAAUUUCUUGAGGUUACAGUUAAAAGGAAUGGAAAAUCUUACAUCAUAAAGUUGUCACGAGGAAACGUAGUUUCCGAUUUGAAAAUUGACAGGAAAUGCAAAAACACUGGGACUAAGAUAGUUUUCAAACCUGACUACAGAGAUAUAUUUGUGAAAAAUCAUGAACAUAUAGAUGGGAAAUUUUGCCCUUCCUGUGCCUCAGCUUAUGACGCAGACAUUAUUGUUAAACGGCUAAGAGAGCUCUCAUUUUUAAAUCCCAAGUUGCAAAUUAACCUUAUAGACAACAGAAAUGAUGGUGAAAAGGUUACUUUUCAUUCAAAAAAUGGAUUGAAGGACUUCUUGCAAUAUCUGAUGAAAGAUAAUGUCCCGAUUCAUAAGCAAGCUUCAUAUAUUGGUAUAAAUGAGACCAUUGGCGGGAUCCAAGUAAAUGCUGCCAUUGGCUGGGCACAAGACUCGUACUCUACAAACAUACUCAGUUUUGCAAAUAAUAUCAACACGCUUGAAGGUGGAUCUCAUAUUGAUGGCUUUAAGACAGCAGUUACAAAGUGUGUUAAUGCAUCUUUCAAACGGGCUGGGUAUUUAAAGGACAAGUUACCACUAUAUUCCGGUGAACAUAUCAGAGAGGGUAUCUAUGCUAUUGUAUCAGUUAAACUAAUGAAUGCGGAAUUUCAGGGACAAACCAAAACUAAGCUAGGAAACGCAGAAGCGAGGUCAGCAGUUGAGAAAGCUGUAAUGACCGAAUUAUCUCGUAUAUUUGACAAACAAAGUAGUUUAUUGAAUGCGUUGUUUAAGAAAGUACAUGCAACAAAGCAGGCUAAUGACGCAGCUAAGCUAACUAAGGAUAUGAUUAGAGACAAACAUAGCUCCCUAAUCGCAUCUGCGUUGCCAACAAAGCUGAGCGAUUGUACUAUGAAUGAUUGUGAAAAAACUGAAUUAUUUAUAGUGGAAGGUGAGAGCGCUGCUGGUAAUGCCAAACAAGCCCGUAACAGAAACUUUCAGGCAAUUUUACCGCUUCGCGGUAAAAUUAUGAACAUCGAAAAAGUAUCCAAGGACACCCGUCUAAUUGAAAAUGUAGAGAUCAAGAAUUUACUUACUGCCAUUGGUAUCCAAUGCGACCCUAAUAAAUCCGAAAUAACAGAUGAUGAGGUCACAUCAAAACAGAACCAUCCGAGAUAUGGAAAAAUAAUACUACUCACUGAUGCCGAUGUUGAUGGGACCCACCUUAGAGUUUUACUACUAGGGUUAAUUUUCAGACUCUGUCCUUCAUUGUAUACAAAUGGUAGGGUAUACGCUGCAUGCCCACCUUUGUAUAGAGUUUCAAAUGCCAAAGGAUCAAAAUCUAACGAAUAUUACCUGUGGGAUGAAUCGCAGCUACCAGUCAAGUUGACCCCGAAAUCAUCCAUAAAAAUGUCAACAGAAGAGGAACUUAGUGAAGGAAAAUAUGACUACGGUGAAUCAACUAGUAGAUCUAAUAAUAAAAAUGUUAUAAUCCAACGAUUCAAAGGUUUAGGCGAGAUGAUGGCCCAUCAGCUUUGGUCAACUACUAUGAACCCGGAUACAAGAAUACUCAACAAAAUAACAGUAUCCGAUGCAAAACAGGCUUCUGAUAUGUUGGAAUUGCUGAUGGGCAAUGACAUACAGGCCCGAAAGAAUUACAUCUUUGAUCACGCAGAAACGUUUAAUAUUGGUGAUUUGGAUAUGUGA